CCUUAUCAUUUUCACUGCCAUCAUCUCUGUCACUCUAAUAUUCGACAUUAACCCAUAGGAGGUUUCCAGUUUCCAUAUUGGCAUUUCCCAGUCCCUCCCUUUUAAACUUGUAUUAUUUUAUUAAACUCAACCUAUUUCCAAUAUUUCUCAUGAUUUGAAAAGGUUUAUACAAAAUGGGUUUCCGGGUUUUUUGUUGUGGCUUCUCUUUUGCUUCUUCUUUUGUUGUUGUUCUGCUGCAUUCAGCAGUUCUUAUUCUCCUUCUUCUCGUUCAUCACAAAGCUGCUGCUGCUGCUGCAAGUGAUCAAUGUGAUCUUUUCACGGGAAGAUGGGUGCCGGACAAAUCGUACCCGCUUUACGAUCCUGCCGUCUGUCCCUUCAUCGAGCGGGAGUUCAGUUGCCAGAAGAAUGGCCGCCCGGAUCUGGAUUACACCCAGUACAGAUGGAAGCCUCUUGGCUGCUAUCUCCUUAGAUUUGAUGGUCAAGACUUUUUGGAACGAUUUCGAGGGAAGAGCAUCAUGUUUGUAGGGGACUCGCUGAGCAGAAAUCAAUGGCAGUCAUUGACAUGCAUGCUUCAUUCUGCCCUCCCCAAUGCUAAAUACAAUUUAACAAGACAAGAGGAUGUUUCCACCUUUUCAUUUACGGAUUAUGGAGUUAAAGUCAUGCUGGAUCGGAAUGUGUAUUUGGUAGAUGUUGUACGAGAAGAAAUUGGUAGAGUCUUGAAACUUGAUUCAAUCGAGGGAGGGAAGCUAUGGAAAGGAAUGGACAUGCUCAUCUUCAACACAUGGCAUUGGUGGAACAGAAGGGGACCUUCUCAACCAUGGGAUUACAUCCAAGAGGGAACAACGAUUAGCAAGGACAUGGAUCGUAUGCUUGCUUUCCAGAAGGCACUUGCAACAUGGGCUACGUGGGUGGAUCUUAACAUCGAUCCUACCAAGACUUCCGUUUUCUUCCAAGGAAUUUCCCCAUCCCAUUACAAUGGCAGCCAAUGGAAUGAACCGAAUGCGAAGAGCUGCGUGAGGCAGAAGCAACCAUUGCUUGGGUCCACAUAUCCAGGAGGCUUGCCACCAGCAGUGGGGGUGCUGAAGAGUGCAUUAACAAAGGUUUCAAUACCCGUCAAGUUGCUUGACAUAACAAACCUCUCGCUUCUACGCAAAGAUGGACAUCCUUCUCUUUAUGGUUUGGCCGGAAUGGACUGCAGCCACUGGUGUCUUGCUGGUGUUCCUGAUACUUGGAACCAGAUUCUUUACAAUCUUAUUCUUUGAUCCAUCAACCUCAUGGAUUAUUAAUUUCUACACCCAGACUAAACAUGAUCCACGAUUAUUAUUCAAUAAUGAGAUUUUCACAGCUCCUUGGUG